GCUGCAACCCUGCUCAUGCAUAUUAUAAAAAAAUCAGUGAAAUUCAUUAUCAGAAUUUUGACUGAUUUGUUUGCUGGAGUAGCCAAUAACGCAAAAGUCGUCGAAAAUCAUGAUACGAUUUAUUUUGAUACAAAAUCGCGCUGGCAAGACCCGUUUAGCAAAGUGGUAUAUGAACUUCGAUGAUGACGAGAAACAAAAACUGAUCGAAGAAGUACAUGCAGUGGUGACAGUGCGUGAUGCAAAGCACACAAAUUUUGUCGAGUUUCGAAACUUCAAGAUUGUGUACCGUCGUUAUGCCGGCCUCUAUUUCUGCAUCUGCGUUGAUGUUAACGACAAUAAUUUGUGCUACCUUGAAGCGAUACACAAUUUUGUGGAAGUACUCAAUGAGUAUUUCCAUAAUGUCUGUGAACUGGAUCUAGUGUUCAACUUUUAUAAAGUUUACACAGUAGUAGAUGAAAUGUUCUUAGCUGGAGAGAUACGAGAAACGUCGCAGACAAAGGUGCUUAAACAGUUAUUGACCCUCAAUUCGCUGGAAUAAGAAGCUGCUGCCAUCUACGCAUUCCAUUUAUGUAUGUUAAUUCCAAAAUUUAGUUACGCUACAAGCGUAAUGUUAACCUAACAGAUGGCGGAGUUUUUGAUAGUCGAACCUCUGUUCUCGAAUUUUUAAUUUCUGUUCCCUACUAUUAUGUUAGUAUAUGUAUAUUUCUCAAGCUACUUGUUGGCCCAUUUAGGUCAUGGUACAAGUAUUGGUUAAAUAAAGUUAUUAUAGACAUAAUAUAAAUGAAUGUGCAUUACGUAUAUGCUCGCACUCAAAAUCACAAUGAUAUUUAAAUAAACAAAUAUGUGUAGAUAUAAAUUAUGUA